AUGGUAACUUCAUUACUCAUAAACUGUCUCUAGAGAAACAGUAUACACUCCCCUACCAAAAUGAAAAGUCAAAACCAAAGUUCUGUGGUUGAGUUCAUCCUCUUGGGCUUUUCAAAUUUUCCUGAACUCCAAGAGCAGCUCUUUGGGGUUUUCUUGACUAUGUAUCUGGUGACCCUGGUAGGAAAUGCCAUCAUCAUAGUCAUCAUCUGCCUGGAACAGAGCCUCCAAGUUCCCAUGUACUUGUUCCUCCAGAACCUGUCUGCGGUGGACGUGAGUCUCAGUGCAGCCAUCAUGCCGCAGAUGCUGGUGGUUCUCUCCACUGAGAAAACACCGAUUUCAUUUGUGAGAUGCUUUGUGCAGAUGUAUUUUAUUAUGUUUUUUGGUGGGACUGAAUGCUUUCUCCUUGUGGCAAUGGAAUAUGACAGAUUUGCUGCAAUCUGUCAACCUCUGAGGUACCCAAUGAUUAUGAACAAAAGGGUUUUCUUGAAAUUAGUUACCUUCUCAUGGGCCUUUGGUUUUGUCCUAGGUACUGUGCAAGCAUUGUGGGUGUCUAGUUUUCCCUUUUGUGGUCCCCGUGAAAUCAAUCAUAUCUCUUGUGAAACUCCCCCAGUUCUAGAGCUCACAUGUGCAGACACCUUUCUGUUUGAAAUGUACUCAUUCACUGGCACCAUUUUGAUGAUCAUUUGUCCUUUCUUGUCGAUACUCUUGUCUUACAUUCGAAUCCUCUUUGCCAUCCUGAAGAUGCCAUCAAGCACUGGGAGGCAAAAGGCCUUUUCCACCCGUGCCUCCCAUCUUACGUCCGUGACCCUCUUCUAUGGCACAGCCAGCCUGACUUAUCUACAACCCAGAUCUGGCUACUCUCCAGAAACCAAGAAGCUGAUGUCAUUGGCUUACUCACUUCUUACACCUCUGCUGAAUCCACUGAUCUACACCUUGCGAAACAGUGAGAUGAAAAGAGCUUUGAUGAAAUUCUGCCGAAGAAAAGUGGAUUUGCACACAUUCUGACAGCUGGGAAGCCUCGUGAUAAUUGGUCAUUGCUUGA